AUGAGACGACCUAUCACGCCAGAGCAAGUCAAGGAGCUUGCUUCCAUAUUGGACUCGUCUACACGAUUGUACACUUCCGCCGAUGGCGAGGGAUACGACAAGUUGAUUGCGAGGUGGGCUGACAACGCAGUCAAACAAGCUGGCGUCGUCGCUGUCCCGGUGACCUACGAAGAAGUAGCCAAGCUGGUCAAGUUCGCCUCGGACAACAACAUCGAUCUCGCCGUGCGAGGCGGCGGCCACUCCACCGGCGGAACCUCCUCGACAGAAGGCGGCCUCUGCAUCGACCUCUCGAGCAUGCGCGACGUCAAGAUCGACACGGCCUCGAAGCACAUCAUCGCCCAGGGCGGCGCCAUGUGGGUGGACGUGGACAACGCGGCCAUCGAAAAGGGCCUCGCGACGGUCGGCGGGACGGUGAACCACACGGGCAUCGGCGGGCUGUCCCUCGGCGGCGGCUUCGGGUGGCUGGCCGGCAUGUACGGCUGCGUGUGCGACAACAUUGUCGCUGCCAAGGUUGUCGUUGCGGACGGACGCCUGCUGUCUGUCUCGGAGAAAGAGAAUGCGGACUUGUUCUGGGCGAUUCGCGGCGCGGGACAUAACUUUGGGGUUGUGGUUGAGUUUACCUUCCAGGGGCAUGAUCAGCUGAACGAGGUGUAUGCGGGGGGCAUCGUCUUCCCGUCGGACAAGUUGAGUCAGAUUGUCGAGGCGCUCAACAGGAUGAUGGGAUCUGGGGAUCCAAAGGGGGCUGCUGUGCUGGUGUUUGCGAGGCCGCCUACGGCGCCUGCUCCGGUGAUUGUUACGAAUGUGUUUUAUAACGGGGACCAGGAGGCGGCGGAGAAGUAUCUCAAGCCGUUGUUGGACUUGGGGCCGAUUGCGAACAUGGCCAAGAUGAUGCCGUAUAACAUGGUUAACGGGUUGUUGAAUGCCAUGGCGACGCAUGGCCGGAGGAAGUCGAUCAAGGCGGUCACUCUGACGAACGUCGUCGAGCCGGCGUUUGUUCAGGAGCUUUUCGACGACUAUGUCAAGGUCACGGGUGAGAAUCCCGACUUGGCGCAUACGUUUAUGGGGAUGGAGUUUUACGACCUGGGCAAGAUUAAUAGCAUCCCCAUCGAGUCCAUGGCCUUUGCCAAUCGGGGUGACUAUAGGGCAGGAGUCGUUGGCUUGGAGUGGACGAAUGACAAGAUGGAUCAGGAGAAUAGGGAUUGGGGACGGAUGAUCCAGGCCAAGUGUCGACAGAAGAUUAUCGACAGCGAGGAGUAUUCGCCCCAGACGACCAAGACUGCGUUGGAGUAUGCCAACUAUCUUGAACCUGGCGACUUCAUGGGAGACAAGCCGUUUGGUGUGAAUCAGCGACGCUUGGCCGUCUUAAAGGCAAAGUAUGAUCCGGACUGUCUGUUUUACAAGACGAGUCCGAUUGCGCCGUUGGUGACUGCGAGGAACUGA